GUGGAUCAGGAACUGCAGCCACCAACAUGUGUCUGGUGGCCUCAGGAGCAGUGGAGGCCUUUUUUGAGAUCGGCAUCCAUUGCUGGGACAUCGCUGCCGGAGCGGUCAUCGUGCAAGAGGCCGGCGGAUUGUUGUUGGAUGUGGACGGAGGACCGUUUGAUUUAAUGUCUCGAAGGAUGCUUUCAGCGAACAACGACGUCAUCGCUCACAGGAUCAUCAAAGAAAUUGAAGUUUUCCCAGUGGAGAGAGACGACGCUCCAGUGCAGAAAAAAUGAGAACAUUCACAAAAUUACAUUAACGCUGAUUGUACAGUGUACUUCCUGUUGGUCUCUGUCUCUGUCCAUGUUUAUGUACUGUAUCUGUCGUAUCUGCCCAACUACUAUUGAAAAAAAAUCUAAUAUGUUUUACAUAACAGUGAGGAAUCA